UUUACCUCCCUUUGCUGUUCCUAUUUCCACGCAGCCUGUCGUCAUUCGAGAUAAAAGUCAAGCUACGCCUUUAUAUGUGCUCACCUGUUUUUAAAAAAAAUGCAGGCAAGCCCUUCCUUGAAAAGAGCAUGCUCAGUAGAGAACCUAGUGGGCAUGGCUGAGAGGAAGCUUAAAAACAAGCAAGAGGUUGGAUUCAGCGGCAGAACACACCGGGAGGCUUUACUGUUAAAUCUUUACAGGGACAAAUAUAGCAGUUGUGACUGAGUCCAGCUUGUCAAGUAGUUAGCUGCCUGGACCGGAGGCUCGUCUCUCUGUUUUGACCGGGAGAAGUGGCCCGUUCGAGGAUUUUCUUGAAGUUAGGAUGCGUCCGGACGCAGCGUUUUCCAGCUGAGUCCGUAGCCUGAAGCGACAGGAAUCGGUGUCACAUGUGUACAGCUAUGAAGGUGGUACUGCAGGACGCGCCGGGAAGCAAGGAGAAUAAAGUGUGGAAAUGGCACAUCCAGGACCCUGCCACCCAGCGACUGACGUGGAACACGCCCCCCAAGAGUGUUCUGGUCAUCAAGAAGAUUCGAGACGCCACCUUGCUGGAACCUUUCAAGGAACUCUGCAUGUUCCUCACAGAGGUCAAAAAUAUGAUCGUUUAUGUGGAAAAGAAGGUUCUGGAGGACCCAGCCAUUUCUUGUGAUGACAACUUCGGAACCCUUACAAAGAAAUUCUGCACUUUCAGAGAAGAUCUUGAUGACAUUUCCAACCGCGUGGACUUCAUCAUUUGUCUUGGUGGAGAUGGAACUUUGCUCUAUGCGUCGUCACUCUUCCAGGAAAGCGUUCCGCCAGUGAUGGCCUUCCAUCUGGGAUCUCUAGGCUUCCUGACGCCUUUCAAAUUUGACACCUUUCAGUCUCAGCUCACUCAAAUCAUUGAAGGAAAUGCCGCCAUAGUGCUGCGCAGCCGCUUGAAAGUGCGUGUGAACUGGGAGAGGGAAAAGGGCGUCAUUCUGACCAACGGUGAGGUGGACAGUAGCCACAAAGCCGCCAACUAUCAGGUGCUGAACGAGGUGGUGGUGGACAGAGGGCCCUCCUCCUACCUCUCCAACGUGGACCUCUUCCUGGACGGACACCUCAUCACCACGGUGCAGGGAGAUGGUGUGAUUGUGUCCACGCCGACAGGCAGUACAGCGUAUGCAGUUGCCGCGGGAGCAUCCAUGAUACACCCCAACGUGCCAGCCAUCAUGAUCACUCCUAUCUGCCCUCACUCACUCUCCUUCAGACCCAUCGUAGUGCCCGCCGGAGUGGAGUUGAAGAUAAUGCUGUCACGUGAAGCCCGAAACACGGCAUGGGUGUCGUUUGACGGAAGACGUCGGCAGGAAAUCUGUCACGGCGACAGUAUCACCAUCACCACUUCCUGCUUCCCCGUUCCUUGUAUCUGCUUCCGCAACCCGGUCAACGACUGGUUCGAGAGUCUGGCCGAGUGUUUACACUGGAACGUGAGGAAGAAGCAGAACUACCUCAGCUCGGAGGACGACGACUUCUGAGGCUUUCCAGUCUUUCUUUUAACCUCUUUGGCGUUCCCCCCCCUUUUUUUUUUUUUUUUUUUUUUUAAAAUAUUUU